GAGAAAUAUCAUAGUCAAUGAUUCGAUCGCGGCAAUUUAGCCGAUUCGACGUCCGUGAUGACAACGUCUGAGUAUAGAUCCUUCUACGCCGACUUUCGUAAUAAACUCGGUCUAGAUCAGCCACCGUUACCCUAUAUGCUAACGUUACGCCAUGGUAGCAAACCAUAAUUCGAGCAGAGAACUAUAUAUAACCUUUGAGUGAGCCCGUUCCAGUUGUAAGUCAACGUAUGCAUCACCCAGCUUUAACAUACCGGUUUUACAUACAGAUCUUACGACAAAAUGAGAAACCUCAAGUUCUUCGCUCUUGCGAGCCUCUUCGCCCUCGGCCGCUCAUCCGAGCAACAUCAACAACCUCAAGGAGAUCUAAAGCCAUGGGAAGUAACCAGACUAUCUACAUACUCUCCUUCAGGCCGUCCAGGAAGUAGCCCUCUCGCUCACCUAUGGGCAACUAUCGCAAACCCCAACUCCAUUCCCGCAGGUUCAGGAGCCUCAUUCGAACCGAGCAAGGCGAACUGCACAGUGGAUUGGACGUGGUCUACUGAAGAGCCAUAUGGGCGUACUGUUUCGUGCACGACAGGAAACCAAACUGCCAUUUCGGAUUCAAUCUCAAAGUGGACUAUCGAGAUUAUUAAGGCAAACAGCAACUACUCGUCGCCAACCGAGGACUUCGAUGUGAAGUUCACGCUCACGGCUAACUUAACGGUGAACGGAGAGGAUUAUUACAAGGUCCUGGCCGGGACACAGCAUUUCGCUGUCGGAGAAAAUAUGAGAGGGACUUGCGGUGGUAGUGGUUUGUGUUCUUGGGGUCUCAUGGAUGAAAGCAACCCAGUGUUGAUUGAGCCGACGCUUGUCGCCUCUUCCUAACAGUUUCGACAACCCUACUAUCUGAUCAGAAGAUAUAGGAGACAUUAUGAGGCCAAGGCCCAACUAGGUUAUAUACGUUUUUAG